CUCAAGUUCGUUCCCAUGAUCGGAUCCCCCAGGCUCCAAAAUCCACUCAAACGAGCAAAGACCCCCUCUCUCUCUCUCUCCACCUCUAUUCCUCCGCACUGCGCCCAGUUAAUUGCAUCAGCUGCAAACCCUCUUCAUCUUCCUCUUCCUCUUCCUCUUCCUCUUUCUCUUGACAAAAUGCAGUCGAUUUCCAGGCGAUUAUCCCACCAAUCUUUCAAGACUUCUCCUUCAAUUUCAUCUCUCAAGUCUCUUUACCCUCUUUCUGAUCCUCGUUAUGGUGCUGAUCAAUCAAGGUAUGGAUCUACUGUCGCCACUAAAGGUGGAGGGCCCCUAGUCAGAAAGGGAACUGGUGGAAGAUCAUCUGUUAGUGGCAUUGUUGCAACAGUUUUUGGAUCGACUGGGUUUCUAGGACGCUACGUUGUACAGCAACUUGCUAAAAUGGGGAGUCAAGUUUUGGUUCCUUUUCGAGGUUCUGAGGAUUCUCCUCGUCAUCUCAAAUUGAUGGGUGAUCUUGGGCAGAUUGUACCUAUGAAGUAUGAUCCAAGAGAUGAAAGCUCAAUCAAAGCAGUGAUGGCAAAGGCCAAUGUUGUGAUCAAUCUUAUUGGGAGGGAAUAUGAAACAAGAAAUUACAGCUUUGAGGAAGUCAAUCACCACAUGGCUGAACAUCUUGCUCAGAUUGCUAAGGAACAUGGUGGCAUUACGAGAUUUAUUCAAGUUUCUUGCCUUGGGGCAUCUCCAACUUCAGAAUCCAGGAUGCUAAAAGCUAAGGCUGCAGCAGAGGAAGCUGUUUUGAGAGAACUGCCAGGAGCAACUAUAUUAAGGCCUGCUACUAUGAUUGGUACAGAGGAUCGGAUUCUUAAUACCUGGGCACAGUUUGUGAAGAAGUAUAGCUUUCUUCCCCUUAUUGGGGAUGGAUCAAAUAAAAUACAACCUGUUUAUGUGAUCGAUGUUGCUGGUGCAAUUGUUGCAUCUUUGAAAGAUGAUGGCUCUAGCAUGGGAAACACUUAUGAACUUGGAGGGCCAGAUGUCUAUACUGUGCAUGAAUUGGCAGAACUUAUGUUUGAAACAAUUCGUGAAUGGCCCCGGUAUGUGAAAUUGCCGGUGCCAAUUGCAAAGGCCAUUUCCUCUCCUCGAGAUCUCUUGAUCAACAAAGUUCCAUUCCCCUUACCAUCUCCAGCAAUAUUUAAUCUGGAUCAGAUCCAUGCCCAAUCUGGAGAUACAGUUGUAUCAGAUAAGGCUUUAACAUUUGCGGAUCUUGAUAUUGCCCCACACAAGCUCAGAGGAUAUCCUGUUGAGUAUCUGGCAUGUUACCGGAAGGGUGGGCCACAAUUUGGGUCUACAAUCAGUGAAAAAGUUACUCCUGAUCCUUGGCAAUGAUAUUUCUGAUCAAGUUCAUUAAUCUUGCUGGAAGUUCUUGUUCUUACUGGGUAUCUUUGUAAUAGGUAUGUGAUGCAUUCACAUUUUCAUGUAUGCUGAAUGAGUAAUGCAGGCAUUACUUUGUCAACAUUUCUUCUCAUGUGAUCUUCCGUUAGUUAUAGUGGGCGGCGGGACAGUACAAAUUUUGAGUGCUGAUCAUCUUUAGUGUUGCCAUUAUAGGUCUAAUCAAGGUUGAAAUGCCUGCUGUCAAGAAACAAAGAAGAAAUAAUAAACGUGAUUAUUCUGUCAUUCAGGGUUGUAUAAUCUUGAGAAAUGUUCUCAUCAUCUGUAUUUUUUGAAGCCUUUGCUAGUUUGAAUUGCUGAGGCUGAUUUAUAUCGGGUGAACAGUUUUGUCUUUUGAUUCAGAAAAUCCUGUGCCCGAUGUUCUCUCUGCUUUACAUUGUCCUUGUUCUUUACCUUUUAUUUUCGAGUGUUUGACACUAUAACAAAUGGCAGCUUUUGGUUGAAAAACUCACUGGAUUUGUGGCCGCUCACUCGCUUGUAAAUGCAGCUCCUGUAUGUGACUCAGAUCUGGGAACUCAUUAAAUUUCCAUGCUUCUGAUCCAAAAUGAAGAGUGUCCUGUUCUAUACCUAUGUCAGAGUGUUCAGGGUCCAUCAUGGCCAGCGAAAAGAACCAGCUUUGCCCUAAAUAAAGCCUUUGUACGAAAUGAAUAAUAGUUUUGUGAACAAGUACAAUUCUUUUCUUCUCUUUUUCGUGUAAUUUCUCUGAUUUCCUUUCCAUGCCUGUUUAUUCAAUUACAGAACAUCUUUCUAAUGUCAGAUUCGACAAUAAAAUAGAGUACAAUCUUUCAGUA